UGGUGUAUUUAAGGGAAAAUAUGAGCAUAUGUAUGAACAGUCAGAGGAGUUCCAGCAGGAGCUGAAAUUGAAGGUUCGAAAAAUAUUAACACUACAAGAAUGGCGAAGGAGAAAAAUGCAGAUGAGGAUAUCGAAAGAGGAAGGUAGAUUGAAGAAGGAUGAAGAAGAAACAAAAGAGAUGUGGAAGAGAAAGCGUGAGCACGAGGAGAAGUGGGAAGGAAUAAGAGGACAAAGGGUUUGUUUCCAUAACUCUCUUCUAAGGGAGUUCAAUAACAGAUGCUUGUUUAUGUCGCUGGUUUUCAUACUGUUUGCCAUAACUUUUUGGAAUGUUCUACUGAAAAUUAUAGAAAAAUGAAAUGUAGAUGUUCUAUUGUAA